AUGGCUGGAGGCAAACCCCGUGGUCUUAACGCCGCUAGAAAGCUGCGAACGAACCGCAAGGACCAGAAAUGGGCCGAUCUUCACUAUAAGAAGCGUGCUUUAGGCACUGCUUUCAAGUCUUCUCCUUUCGGUGGCUCUUCUCACGCCAAGGGAAUUGUUCUCGAGAAGGUCGGUGUCGAGGCCAAGCAGCCUAACUCGGCUAUCCGAAAGUGCGUUCGUGUUCAGUUGAUCAAGAACGGCAAGAAGGUCACAGCUUUCGUCCCCAAUGACGGUUGCUUGAACUUCGUCGACGAGAACGACGAGGUUCUCCUGGCUGGUUUCGGUCGCAAGGGCAAGGCCAAGGGUGAUAUUCCCGGUGUUCGUUUCAAGGUCGUCAAGGUUUCCGGUGUCGGUCUGCUCGCUCUGUGGAAGGAGAAGAAGGAGAAGCCCCGUUCUUAA